CUGGACUCCCCGAAGAGGGUGGGGAUAGAAAGCCUGGGGCCUGGGCGCCCGGAUACUUAGUCUGGGGUGGGGACCCCCUUGGUGUUUCCGCCCUCUGAAUGCCCAUUCUGUGUGGGUUCCUGACUCUCUGUGGGUUCUUUCCUGCUAAAGACAAUUCUCUUCCUGUCCUGUCCUGGGGUUAGGGGGUUGAGCCCCAGGCUCUGGUAGUUUGGGCCUCAGCCUCAUGGGUGGAAUUGGCCGGCCACCCCCAGACUAGACGAGGGGGCAGAGGGUCAGGUUAGACAUGUGUCAUGCCCCUUGACCUUUGUAGGCCAGGGCUGGGGGAGGGGCUGUACAGUGAGUCUCCCUUUGCCUGGGGAGGAGGAAUUUGGCUGAGACAAUAGUCCCCUGUCUGUUCUGGCUUGGGGGUGGUGCCCCCAGCCUCCAACAAAUGCCAUCAAGAGACCGAGGCAGUUUUCCCCUUGGUGCCUUGGGCCGCCCCUGCCCUUCUAUGACGGCUGAUGGCUGAUCUUGCCUGCUCGGCCAUGACCUGCCCUUGCUUUGUCUCUCGCCCUCUCUGUUCUCACGUUGUCCCACAGUGUGUUAGGUUGAGGGGGGUGGGGUGCUGGUUGCUAUUAGAGCCAGGAACUUCUGAUUUGGGGUUCAUAUUUGGGGGCCUCCAAAGGAUGUGUGGGUCCUGCUAAGUAGUGCUUGAGCGACGGCGAGGAAGGCAGAAGCUGAUGACUGAGCUUAGAGGCCUGAGUCUGAGGAGCUUGUGGGAGGGGGCAGGAAUGGGAGGCUGCUGUGUGGCCCAACCCCUUAGCCUCUUCCCAGGCGGAGAGGCCCACCCACCAGUCUAAGCUGCCGCUGUUGGGGUUGCUGUGACUGCAGUCUCCCUGGACAGGGGAAACAGGUGGGAAGAGCAGGGUGUUGGGAGAGAGGAAGCCGGUGUGGGAAGACUGGGAGUACUUGUCCUUUGGGUGGGGAUGAGCUGAGGGGUUUCUGAGAGGCGUGUGUCUCGGGGAUACGUGGUCGGGUGGCAGUGUGGUGGUGGCAGAAAUGUGUUUGUGCGGGUCUGCAGUUCUGAAGGUGAUGGUCUAAGGGAGUAUAGAAGGGUUGUGUGGGAAGGCCGCCGGCCUUGAGCGCUGGAAUGGAGAAGUUGGGGUAGGGGCGAGCCUGGCUGAGGAUGAAUGGGUGGUGAUGUGAUAAUGUCAGGACGUACCCGGCUAAGGGUAUAGGCUGCUGUAGACCCCGUGAGUAGCUCAUUUAGAAUAAAGUGAAUGUCCUGACCUCACCUCAAGAGAUUGCUUUGCGGGGGGCAGGGGGGACUUCUGCUGGAGAGAGGCGUCCAGUAACUGCCUGUCUGCAGCCCACAGCGUCUUGAAGAACCAUGGGGCCCAGGGCUGAGCUGUGGGUUUUCCUGAGUGGAUUUUCCUUCCUCCUGCUACUGACGUCAGGCGAGGGGGCCAAAGGAGGAUCUUUCAAAGAAAGCUCGGGAGUGUGCUCCAAACAGACCCUGCUGCUCCCACUCUGGUACAACGAGUCCUACAGUCAGCCUGUGUACAAGCCCUACCUGACGCUGUGUGCCGGAAGACGCACAUGCAGCACUUACAGGACCACCUAUCGCGUGGCCUGGCGGGAGGUGAGGCGGGAGGUCCAGCAGCCGCACGUGGUGUGCUGCCAGGGCUGGAGGAAGCCCCGCCCGGGAGCGCUCACCUGUGAAGCCAUCUGCUCCAAGCCUUGCCUUAACGGGGGUGUCUGCACCGGGCCGGACCAGUGCGAGUGCGCCCCCGGCUGGGGAGGGAAGCACUGCCACGUGGAUGUUGAUGAAUGCAGGACCAGCCUGACUCUCUGUUCUCAUGACUGUGUGAACACCCUGGGCAGCUUCCAGUGCAGCUGUCCUCAACCCCUGGUGCUGGGUCCUGAUGGACGCACGUGUGCUGGGGGCCCUCUGGAGUCCUCCACACGUGCCGGUGUCCUCAGUGUGGAGGUCCGGGAAGCGGAACAGGGGGGGCAUAAGCUGAGGUGGGAGGUCGCAGAGCUUCGUGAGCGCCUGGAGCGGCUGGAGCAGUGGGCCACGCGGGCCGGGGCCUGGGUCCGGGCAGUGCUGCCCAUGCCACCGGAAGAGCUGCGGCCGGAACAGGUGGCUGAGCUGUGGGGCCGGGGUGACAGGAUCGAGUCCCUCAGCGAUCAAGUGCUGCUACUCGAGGAAAGGCUGGGUGCCUGUGCCUGUGAGGACAACAGCCUGGGCCCAGGCCUCCAAGGUUGACAAGGAACGCCCGCAACAGCCUGGAUCUCUGUCUUAUGGGGAACCCUGGGAUCUAAUCUGGGACUGGCAGACCCAGGUUCGCCACCCUGGAGCAACAGGCCACAGAAAGCCCCAGCUCUCUCUUUCUCUUUAUUCUCAGUCGCUUGCUGUUCUCCAAAUAAAAACAACCACACAAAACUGGA